AUGUGAAGCAAAGUCAUCUGACCGCUGGAGACUGCAGGGGAGGACUAUUACGAACAUAGGAGGAGAAUAUAAAUCGGGUGCAUUCUGUCCAUCCAGACCUUUCAUUGAAACAUCCUUCUCCGCACACACUGACUUUAAACUCGAAGAUCGCCGAAUUUUACUUCUGGAAUGUCAUCCACAGACAGGUUGAAAGCCAAAGAAAGCCUUUUUAAAGGCGAACGUCUCAUCUCCAAAAGUGGGCAGUAUGAAGUUGUUUUGCAGAAUGAUGGAAACUUUGUCGUCUACAAAAGAACUCCUCGUUGGGCAAGCAACACACAUGGACACCCAAAUGUUGUGAAUAUCUGCAUGCAGUAUGACAACAAUCUAGUGAUUUAUGAACCAAACAAUCCAAUAUGGCAUUCUAGCACCUGGAAUUCUACAAGCAACAGGUGUGUACUGAGAGUACAAGAUGAUGGCAAUCUGGUGAUCUAUCGUACUGAAGACUCAAUGACACCCAGUGAUGCUAUCUGGGCUACUGACACGUGCAAUGCUAAGAAUUAA